ACGUAGCGCUACUAUAGUACUAUCUAUUCAUCGUCAUUCAAUUGUACGUACUCACGCUCGCGGUACGCACCACGCCGCCACGCACACGCACUGACAGAUCGCGAUCUUUGCAGGAACCGCGGACGGGCUCUAGACGACCGUCAUUCAGUCCGGUUCGGUUACCAGCGCGACCACGGGCACACAUCCAUAGACGGCGCAACAAUCAGCAGCAGUAGGCAUCACGUUGUAACAACAUCAGCAGCAGCAACAACAAUAAUAUUGUUAUCACCAUCGUCGCACGCGCUCUCUCGCCGCUUAUCUCUUCGCGCGCUCGUCGACUGAUCCGCGUCGGCCGUCACGUCCCGUCGUCGGCAACAUCACAGCCGUCGGCGUCUGGACAAUAUUAAUUGGUGGUCGUCUUCCCCAGCGUCGGACUUGUUACACGAGCCAGACGGGCGUCGGGUACGUCGAACCCGGAAAUACCGGCACGAUCAGCAAUCGACCAACUAUAAUAAUAAUAUUAUUAUUAUUAUACAACACGAUAACAUUAUAGCCACACAUACAGCUGAUUGUGUUAGCGGUUUAACGACAACCGGCUACGCUGCACCAGAGCUUCACAAUAUUCGGCCGGUGGUCGGCAUCGACGGUUAGAUUUAUCACCGACAUGUCACUGAUGGUGCCAGUCGUGGAACUAUUCGUCUUCAUCGGCGUAGCAGCGCUGGUGACUUUGACACAAUCUGCUGCGGUCGUCGGCAACGACAAACAACAACUCCUGGUAGACGCUGAAGAGCUGUCCGAAGCCGCGUACGGGCGCUGCGAUGACGGCCGCGUGAUCAAUUGCCGCACGCUGCCACUGUUCAACUACACUGAUUUGACGCCACCGCCUGUUGGACCCGAAGCCGCCUCUGACAUACUACAAGAUAUCAAUUGCCCGUAUAAAAACUUGGAACGACAUUUACGGUGCGUGGACGCGUUUACCCGCCGGUGCAUGACACCUGAUCAGCGGGGAGCCUUUUACUCGCUGUACACCGUUCCGACGAUGGACAUGCAAGAGCUGUGCACCGAGGGUAGCCCUUAUAGGGAGGAAUACUUGAAACAUGCCGCUUGCUUGCGCACUGUGCAUACCGAGUACGUGCAGUGUGGACGUCGACACCAGACUGAGUUGGCCUCCCUAAUGAUGGAUCAGGAGCAGCAUACCGGAAGCGAUGGAACUGAGACUUCAACCACGUUUCCAAUCAUGGACGCUGAACAUAUAACACAGAACCUGGCCCGCCUGUGUGGAUCAUUUAGAGGGCAUUUACAGUGUGUGCACGGCAUUGUCCGGGCCACUUGCGGCCAGCAGACCGAAGAGUUCGCUAGUCAAUUCCUUAGUCAAAUGGCAUCUUCGCUUUUGAACAUCUGUAACAAGUACGGGAACGUGCCUCGGUCUCCGUCCUCCAGUGCCGCCCGGACGACCGGAACCAAGACCACGGGGUUGGUCGUUUUACAAACAGCGAUCGUUAUGGUAGUUUCGUUCCGGCAAUGGUGAUGAAUUCUGGCAGCCAUCAAACAUCCACUACGGGAGAGCGAUAUUUAUUUUAAGUAAAAACAAUAAACGCCACCGGUUUCGCCAUUGUAUUUUACUGACUGCACAACUCCUCGCCAUAAUUCUAUACCUACCAUGAUUAUUCUUGCCUACACUAGAUCAUAACUAUAUAGAUUAUUAUUAUAAUUAUUGUUACUAUUAAACUAUUUUCACUAUAUUAUGUUUAUUAGGUAUUAAUUUAUUAUCGUUACUAUUACUGUUAUAAUGUCAUACUGUGUAUAAUAUGAAUUGUAUUGUAUUGUGAUUUGUAUUAUUUUGGGCGUGUUGAUUAUUAUUUAACAUUAUUUUUAGGCAUAUUAUAGUUUGUUUUGUUUGUUUAUAUACGCGCAAUAUUUCAUUGCGGCAGUUUUAUUAAAAAAAAUAUAGUGAACAAAAUUUAAUUUU